UGCAAAAUUUAUUUAAUUAAAAAACUGAAUUAAAUUAAAUUGUUUAAUUUCGUUACCAUGACUCUGUGACAUUUUGAGAGUGUGACAUUAUCGGAGGUUUGACAGUAUUAGAAAUAAUUGCUGUUAAACACUUUAAAAUCGACGCAUUACUUGCAGCAACCUUUCGUUCAUUCGGUAUCUCAUUCCACCAGCAUUCAUCUAACCAUUCAUCAUGGUUUUGCUUGAUUCAAAUACUCAUCUUAAUGUUUCCUGUAUUCAUCUUCAAUUCUGCAUUCAGUACCCAAACUAUUAUAGGAACUUCGGAUUACAAAGUUGAUACAUUGCAAGAUGUUAUUGAACAGGGAAAGAUCCCAUGUUUCUUUGAAGGCAUUUCACUGUAUGACUUCUUCAAAGGCAAAGUCAAUAAAGAUUAUGCUGAGAUCUAUGAACGGGCCAUUGCCAAAGGACAUGGUGAACCAAUGCCAUUAGGACCCAUUGCCGAUAGAGGUAGAUUAGACAAAUUGGUCACUUUCGUUUCUGGCAUUGGAAGGAAACUGACUCCAUUGUCUGCUGCUGAAUCUAAUUUAAUUGUACCCAAUCAAGUACAAUAUUUCUCAGAAAAGCCUUUUCACAGAUCAUUACAAGCUAUGCUUUUUAACCACAAUACUUCCGAAUCCCUCAAAAAAAGGUUUGAUACGCUAUCUCGUCGGAUGAUCCAAAGUGGGAUAUCUAAGAAACUAGAAGGAGAUACUUACGUUGACUUCAUUCUUUCCUUUUAUCCUGCAACCUUAUACGACUUUCACAAGUCUCAAGUUCCGCAGAAAGGUGAUGAUCUCAAUUGGCAACCAGUAAAUUACAGAGGAUUCUAUCAGAUAUUUCGUUUAUUCAUCUUCAUGUUGAUUCUUUCCAUCGUUGCUCUAUUUAUUGAGUUGAUCGUUGCUUUCCUCGCUCGACCAAAGUGAAAAACAAAUUGAAAGGUGAAAAGUAGAACACUCUUCUGUUUACUUAAGCUGUGUUUGGUUCCUUGAACUGCAAUUCCCUAGCGAUAAUUAUAAAACUAAAGAUUUACCCAGUCCCAUUUAUCUUUAAAAAGAUCAAUGAAUAGAGCAAUUCCAUAAGAAAUUCCGAAGAGGAUAUUAUCAUCAAUAUUUAUUUCAAAAAAUUCAUUUUAUUUUCGAUAAUUUUUGUCUU